GUAGGAAGUCUUCAGAGUCUGGAGCCUCAUCCUGAUCACAUCAAGAGACGAAGCUUCGCUCCACAUUCAGAGGAAACAUGGACCAAACAGCUCUGAUGCUGCUGCUGUGUCUCUGCAGCUCAGAUUCAGUCAGGCUGGUUCCAGGGACCAACCGGUGCUCAGGCAGACUGGAGGUGAAGACCAACCAGUCGUGGUCCUCAGUGUGUGAAAAAGACUUUGACCUGCAGGAUGCACAGGUGGUCUGCAGGGAGAUUGGCUGUGGGCCUCCUUCAGUCCUCCAGGGGGCGCUCUAUGGAGAAGCAGAGGCUCCAGUGGGGAGCAGAGAGUUCCUGUGUGAAGGCAGUGAGUCUGCUCUGCUGAACUGCAGCAGCAGGAAGAGUUCAGGUAGAAACAGCUGCUCACCUGGUCAAGCUGUUGGACUCACCUGUUCAGGUAGAGGAGGAUCUGCAGACCUGCUGCUGUUCACUGCUUCUAUUCAGAGCCGUGAGAUCAUCUGCUCAGAUUCAGUCAGGCUGGUUUCAGGGACCAACCGGUGCUCAGGCAGACUGGAGGUGAAGACCAACCAGUCGUGGUCCUCAGUGUGUGAAAAAGACUUUGACCUGCAGGAUGCACAGGUGGUCUGCAGGGAGAUUGGCUGUGGGCCUCCUUCAGUCCUCCAGGGGGCGCUCUAUGGAGAAGCAGAGGCUCCAGUGGGGAGCAGAGAGUUCCUGUGUGAAGGCAGUGAGUCUGCUCUGCUGAACUGCAGCAGCAGGGAGAGUUCAGAUCAAGACAACAUCAGGUUGGUGGGAGAGGCCAGUCGAUGUGCCGGGAGACUGGAGAUGUUCCAUAAAGAAGAGUGGAGACCAGUGGAUGUUUGGGAUCGUUUCUCGGACAUGAACUCAGCUCCUGCAGUUUGUGCUGAACUGGACUGUGGUUCUGCUGUUUCAGCAAGAAUUAUGGAGGAGGCUUCAGAGAGACCAGUUUGGUUGAUCGGGUCUGACUGUUCUCAGUCAGGAUCUGCAUUAAAAAACUGUUUACCUGAUAAUAAAACCAAUGAUCAGAGCCAUGAGAUCAUCUGCUCAGGUCUGCUGGUUGAGCCGCUCAUCUUCCUCCCUUCCUCCACUGACGGGGUCUCCACAGGCAGAAAGCAGGGGUCUGAGCUCCUCAUUGGCUCAGAGUUCAGCAUCAUGUGCUCCAUCAGGCCUCAGUAUGCAGGCGGCUCCUUCCAGCUCAUCUUCAGCACCUCUAACUACACUCAGAACCAGACCCUGCCAGCUGUUAAUCACUCCGCCCUCUUCCUGUUCGCUGCUGCUGGCCACGCCCACCAAGGAACCUACCGCUGCCUUUACCACGUCUACGUUUUCUCCCAUAACUUCUGGUCUAUGAGCCAGCCUCUCAACCUCACUGUCUCAGAUAAACUCAUGGAGUCCAUCAGGAGAAGUUCUGCUUCAGCCCAUCUCACUGCUUUGAUCAUCAGACUGGUUGUCGUCCUGCUGGGAAUGCUGGGAAUGCUGGGAUCCGUCCUGCUCCUCAACUAUAAGGCCAGGAGAAACCAGAAGUCUGGACCAGAAAACAUCAUGAUGAACGUUCUUGAUGAAGGAUCCAGAGCUGAAGGCGGAUUAGAGGAGGAGGCUGCAGUCUGAAGGAACCAGGAGAAAAUCAUCUUGGUUUCACAUCCACAGGAAGGAGCAGAGACAAAAUAUAUUUAGAGAUAUCUCAAAUUGCUAAAUCAUCUAGUCAUAAAACAAUUUGAGAUUUCUGGAAUGUGAGGGCGGCAAAACCGAAUUUAUGUUGAAACGGCUUGCCAUAAUCAAUCAGUCUUUAGCUGUUUCUCUGAACUGUGUAUUAUUAUAAAGUUGUAGAAUAGUUUCUUUUUGCAUUCUUAUGACAUCCUUAAAUGUUUAAUAUGCUUUAUGAAAGAAAAUGCGUUUGCUUGCAGUCUGUUUUGUAGCUCAGUAGAUUGUUAAACUGUGAGGAUGGAAUGAAACCUUUCCUAUCAAACAGUUUGCUGUGUUUUGCUCGAGGCUCUUUCUCCUGACUGU